AGACACACUACGACCAGUUCACAUACCGUUUUUUCUAACCACAGAUUAGAACACUCACGCAAGUGCUGUCCUCCAAUGCUAGAUCCAGCGGUAGUUCAAAUAUCCAUAACCCAACAUGAACAUGCUACACAAAUGCUCACUCUUUCUCAAUCCCAAUCCCAACUCAACCCAGCUCAACUCAAAUUCAUACACAACCCCACGAGUCCACCGCCCAUCCCACCCUCAAACAACCUCUCCACAGCACCCUAUCCAAUCUUUCCCAGACAUUUUGUCCAUACAUAAACAAUCUAUACAUAGGUACACAACUUCCCCUCGCGUCAUCUCACAUGUCCAGACCCCAAGCAGCGGACAUUUGUCUAUGUAA